AUGGGCAAGUUUUCAAUGCCGAGCAAAACAGAAGUCGCUGCACCUUUCCAUUCCAGAGAAGCCUUCGUCAACUUCUUAAAGGCUCCACAAGGUAAUGAAGGGCACAACAUCGUUGGAGAUUCGAGGUGGUCAAACAAAGACUUGGAACCGACACCUGUGGAAGACAGAACAUGGACGUGGUUCAACCUGCCUCUUUACUGGUUUUCCAAUCAAUUCUCCAUCGUCGGUUGGAACACUGGUUCGGCUCUAAUCACCGUCGGCCUGACAUGGCAGCAAUCAUUCAUAUCAGCAUGUCUUGGUGCUUUCCUCGCCGCUGUCAUUGUCGUCUUCAUGGCUCGUCCAGGUGUCAAUUAUCAUAUCGGCUAUCCGGUCCUCGCGCGUGCCGUCAUGGGAAUGUAUGGCUCGUCCUUCUUUGUCUUCAUCAGAGCCAUGGUGUGUAUCAUCUGGUACGGCAUCCAAACUUUCUAUGCCGGCAACCUCCUUUCUGUGGUACUACGCUGCAUCUUCGGAAGCUCUUGGCAGAAUCUUGACAACACUCUACCGCUGAGCGCCAAUGUAUCAUCGAAGCAGCUCCUGGCAUUCUUCUUGGCAUGGCUAUUGCAGUUUCCACUUAUGUGGGUUCAUCCGAAAAGCAUCCAUCACCUCUUCACAGUCAAGGGCUUCACCAUGCCCGUUGCGGCUUUUGCUCUUUUUGGAGUUUGCAUCAGUAUCGGUGGAGGACUUAACAUGGAUAUUGCCUCAGAGCCUAGCGCGCCGUCAGCCUCUGUGACGCCUUUGGGUUGGUCCAUCAUGGCUGGUAUCAAUACCAUCUUCGGGAGUCUAUCACCCAUGCUCGUCAACCAACCCGAUCUCGCUCGAUACUGUAAGAAACCCCGGGACGCCGGUGUCCUCCAAGGCUUGUUUGUCUUCAUGCCAUCGGUUCUUGUCUUCUUCCUGGGUAUGGCAUCAACAACUGCCAUUCAAAACAAAUGGGGAACUGCAUAUUGGAACGUCUGGGAUCUCCUCGAUGUAAUUCUUGACCACCAUUUCAGCGCGGGAGCUCGUACUGGAAUUUUCUUCAUCGGUCUUGCCUUUUUCUUUGGUGUGUUCACUACUAACAUCGGCGCGAACUCGCUUCCGUUCGGUGCCGAUAUGACUGUUGUGCAACCCUGGCAGCUCAUGGCGAACGCAUCAGCCUUCCUGAGCUUCCUCGGAUCCUAUAACAUAUUCAUGGCACCGCUAUGUGCCGUCAUCAUCGUGGACUAUUUCGUCGCUCGCAAAGGCAACAUACACAUACCAUCAUGCUACGACGGCAAAAACACAGGUCUCUAUUGGUACUCAUCAGGCGUGAAUCUCAGCGGUGUAGCCGCAUGGCUCUCGGGCACAGCAAUGGGAAUCCCUGGUCUCGUUGGACAGUACGAACCACAAAGCAUCAGCAUGGCAGCGAAGAACAUGUAUAGGAUGGGCUUCCUGUUGACUUUUACGACUGCAGCGACAGUCUAUGCUGUACUGACGUUCUUGAUCAAGCCGAAGGUCUUCCCUGUUGGACGCGAGGCCACACCAUUUCAGCAAGAGUGGCUUGCGAAUGAAGGGCGUGAGGGCUUUUACGAGGAUGAGAGGGAUGGCAAUGAAAUUUUUGCUCCUGCAACGCCACCCCCGACCGUUGCUGAAGAGAUUCAACUGGGAGAGAAAGGCUACGGCGAGAAAGUCUGA